UCUUCAUUGUAAGUCCAUAAAUGUAUCCUGAUUAUAUUCUGACCCAACUCAUCUUUAAUAACUAUAUAAGUCAUAGAAAUUUAAUGUUAAAAAUUUCAUCUCAUGGAUGUGAGCACUUGAUCAAACCAUUGGUUUUAAUGAUGAUUAUUUUUCUUAAUUUUACAAAUAAUAAUAAUAAUAGUAAUGAAUCAAAAGGGUAAAGACCCAUGAUUUAACCGCAAAACCACUCGUGUGUCGUUGUCCGGUGGUACAAACAAUCUAAUUCCCUCAAAUACCCCUCAACGACAGUCGAUCCAUAGUGGCAUUUCAGAUUUGCCAUCGUUUUACUCCUUCCUUUCAACUGGUUGAGACUUUGAGAGGUUCAUCACUCGUUCACUUCAUUCCUUCAUUAAUUCAUAUAUAUACUUUUGUCUUAACCACCAAACUGAAAGCAUUUUUCUUCUUUCCCCCACCCAACACCAACGCACCGUAUAUAUCGGCCCAAUUUUCGCCUACAGAUCCGGAGGCAGCGGCGGAGAUCUUUACGCGCGAGAAUCAGGAAAUGAGGGAGCCGGCGAACGACAGCAAUGUGCCGUCGCAGUCUCUGCUCGAGAGGCUCAAGGAUUACGGCCAAGAAGACGCUUUUGCCCUCUGGGAGGAGCUCUCCCCUGAUGAACGCGACCUCCUCGUCAAGGACAUCGAGUUGAGGGCUGAUGAUACCAUGCUAUUGCAGAGCUUAGAUCUCUCAAGAAUUGAUCGGAUAAUUCGAUGCUCAUUUCACUCGCAAGGUUUACCGGCAGCCUCGAUAGAGCCUGUCCCAGAGAGCAGUGUUUCAACAGUAGAAAAGCGGACGAUGGAAGAGAGGGAAAGGUGGUGGAAAAUGGGAAUAAAGGCCAUCUCAGAAGGAAAGUUGGGUGUCAUACUUUUAUCCGGUGGACAGGGAACUCGUCUUGGGAGUUCAGAUCCUAAAGGCUGUUUUAACAUUGGGCUUCCAUCUGGAAAAUCACUUUUCCGAAUUCAAGCUGAGCGAAUUUUGUGCCUUCAACGAUUGGCAGCUCAAUCUGUAAAUGAAGCUUCUUCUGGUACCACACCUAUUCAUUGGUACAUAAUGACCAGUCCAUUUACUGAUGAACCCACACGAAAAUACUUCGAAAGCCACAAAUAUUUUGGCCUCGAAGCAGAUCAAGUCACGUUCUUCCAACAGGGCACUAUACCUUGUGUGUCAAGAGAUGGUAGAUUUAUAAUGGAAACUCCAUACAGGGUGGCAAAGUCUCCUGAUGGAAAUGGUGGAGUUUAUUCAGCAUUGAAAACAUCAAGGUUAUUGGAAGAUAUGGCAAUGAGAGGCAUAAAAUACUUGGACUGCUAUGGAGUUGACAAUGCUUUAGUACGAGUUGGCGAUCCAACUUUUCUGGGUUAUUUCAUUGAUAAGGGUGUGGCGGCAGCUGCUAAAGUUGUUCGAAAGGCAUACCCACAAGAGAAAGUUGGUGUUUUUGUUCAACGAGGUAAAGGUGGACCCAUCUCUGUGGUUGAGUACAGUGAAAUGGACUCAUCACUAGCAAGAUUCAAAUUAGAGCAAUUCAUAUUCGAUGCAUUUCCUUAUGCGCCUUCCACCGCACUCUACGAGGUUUUGCGCGAAGAAGAAUUUGCACCCGUGAAAAACGCGAAUGGAUCAAAUUUCGACACUCCAGACAGUGCUCGUCUGCUUGUCCUUCGUUUGCAUGCUCGUUGGGUGGUUGCUGCCGGAGGCUUCUUGACUCAUUCUGUGCCCCUAUAUGCUACUGGUGUGGAAGUUUCGCCUCUUUGCUCGUAUGCUGGAGAGAACUUGGAGGCCAUCUGCCGUGGACGAACAUUUCAUGCUCCCUGUGAAAUUGCGUUUUAGAUUUUAUCUUUUAUCGUUCUUUUUUCUUUUUUUUUUGGGUUCAUUCGAGGCUCUGUACAUUGCGUUUGAGGAUGAAUUUGGGCUGAAUUUUUAUGUGAUAUGUGCUGAUAGAUACUUUGAUUAUAAAGAUAUAUGCAACUCACAGAAUAAGGAUUUCGUUUUGAACUUUUUAACUGUAAAUUGCUUGUUUAUGAUGGUCCGAUGGACUUCACUUUGUGCCUCUUACCUAAG